GGGUAAAAAAUUUAUUGUUCGGUAGCUAGAGAUUUACUGACUUGAUUAUGAAAUUUCAAUACCCAACACCAAAACUGCUUUGAUGAGUUUGUUGACUGAGACAAAACCAUAAAGACAGGGACGCUGAUGGAGAUUUACAAGCUUGUUAGCAAUUCUUUUUUUUUUUUUUUGUUUUGUUUUGUGAGAUUUGAAUUUCACAGGGACUAUUACUACUAAGCUAACGCCAGUUUGCUUAGGAGUGAUUUUAUAUUUGAACGAAAAGGGUUAAUAGUAAUUGAUGUAUAAAUGUCAAACAUAAUACACUCCCACCAAAGCAAAUGCUGGGCAGGUUUAAUUGUUUGCUUCAAGCAAGAUAUUGAUAACAGUUAAAUAUAACAGAAUGUUCCCCCUUCCCUCUCUCUCUUUCUCUAUUUCUCUUUUGUGGAGUGGAGAGACAAUCUGCAACCCUAAUCUCUGACUUUGUGUUUUUGUUUUUCCUUUUUUUUUUUCUUUUUUUUCUUCUUUCUUAUCCCUUAUUUUUUAUUUUCUCUUUUCAAGGGUAAUUUCUUGACUUUCUGCACACUAUCAUUUCACUACUACUACCUUUAACUUUUGUCUUCAAAAUUACCUGAACCUCACUGACUCUCUCUCUCUCUCUGGGUGUCUAGCAUUCUCCAAUUAUUUAUAUAACAUCAAUCUUCCAGCCAGAGUGCUAAAUCAACAAGUCUUUUAAAUCUUAAAACUCUUUCUCUAGUCUUGCUUAUCUUUCACACCAUGCCAGACCCUUGCUCUAAUCUCUUCAGUGGAUGGUUUAAUCUUAUGGCUCUUCAUCCUCACUACACUGGUUUCACUACUUCUUACUCAAAUCCCUCUCCCACUAAUUUCAAUAUCUACUCUAAUAACAACAUCUUCAACAACAAAUCUUCUUUUCAAUCUCAACCCUAUCCUUCUUUAACUUCUCAGAAAGAACCUCCUCAUCUAGUAGAGUACUUGAGUCCUCCAAGGCAACAAGAAGAGCACCAUGAAUGCUCUAGUAGUUCCAUGGAAGAGGAAAAGAACAUGAAAAGAGACAGUGAUAACGAUGGUGAAACCUUGACUGUAGCUCUAAAUAUAGGCCUCCCUAGCCCUACUUCUGAUCUGGGUCCUAGGGUUUCUCCUCCAUUGAUAGAAGUGGAAGAGGGAAAUGCUGUUUCAGGGUACCCUUUACCCAUACAGAAACUAAGCAAGGGUCAGUUUUGGAUUCCUUCCCCUGCUCAGAUUCUCAUUGGUCCUACUCAGUUUUCAUGUCCUGUUUGCCUCAAGACCUUUAACAGAUACAACAACUUGCAGAUGCAUAUGUGGGGACAUGGAUCUCAGUAUAGAAAAGGACCUGACUCAUUAAGGGGAACCCAACCAACAGCAAUGCUAAGACUUCCAUGCUAUUGUUGUGCACCAGGAUGCAAGCACAACAUUGACCACCCAAGAGCAAGACCACUCAAAGAUUUUAGAACUCUUCAAACCCAUUACAAGAGAAAGCAUGGUAUCAAACCUUUUAUGUGUAGAAAAUGUGGCAAAUCAUUUGCUGUUAAAGGUGACUGGAGAACCCAUGAAAAGAAUUGUGGUAAAGUAUGGUAUUGUGUUUGCGGGUCUGACUUUAAGCACAAAAGGUCUCUUAAAGAUCAUAUCAAGGCAUUUGGCCAUGGCCAUGCAGCUCUUGGUAUUGAUUGCUUGGAAGAAGAAGAUGAACCUGCUUCUGAGAUUGAACUUGAUGAAGAGUCAUUGUGAUGAAGAAUAUUAGGAAAAUUGGGUUUUAGGAUUGGAUUCUGUCUUUGUCCUCAGCAUAUUGUUUUUCUUGCUAUAUAAAAUGGAUUAUGCAUGCUUCCUAAAUCUACUAGGAUAGUUAUUUUCAUUGCUUGUUUAUCUUAAUUACUUUUUGGGGCUUGAUGUAGUUUUCCAUGUGGUUAGUAUGCCAAGUUUAUGUACAUAGACCUACUCAAUAAUGAAGUGCAAGCAAAAGUUCUGUUCUA